AGAAGCUGAAGCUGGAUAAAACAGGGAGAUCGCCGGUUUCCUGAGAAUAGGUUUUUUGCUUGUUAUGGUUUAAUCCUGUCUUCUUGCUCAGUGUAAAACUCGUGAUACUGAUAAUUUCCAGGAUUCCAAACAGAAGGAGAAGACAAAACAGGGAUUAGGGAAUCAAUGGAGGAACCGUCAAGGAAUUCGAAGACUGGAACCUUUACUCACUCUGAGAUUGUUGAAAUAACUUCAAAUUUCAAAACGAUGAUUGGGAAGGGAGGAUUUGGAGAAGUUUACUUUGGCACCUUGAAGGAUGGCACGGAUGUUGCUGUUAAGGUUUUGCUUUCAUCAUCAGAGCAACGUCGCAAGGAAUUCCGGGCAGAGGCAAAACUAUUGACUGUUGUUCAUCAUAAAAACUUGGUUUCUUUAGAGGGAUAUUGUGAUGAAGAUAAUAAGGAGGCAUUGAUAUACGACUACAUGCCUAAUGGAAAUUUGAAACAACAUUUAUCAGGGUUAGAAUAUCUACAUGGUUGCAAGCCACCAAUAGUCCACAGAGAUUUGAAACCUGACAACAUCUUAUUCAAUAAAUACAUGCAAGCUAAGAUAGCUGAUUUCGGAUUAUCUAGAGCUUUUUCAACAGAAUUUGCCUCUUAUGUAUCAACUUGUCCUGCAAACACAUUUGGAUAUUUAGAUCCUGAAUCUUUUAAAACAGGACACGUAAGCAAGAAAAGUGAUGUGUAUAGUUUUGGGAUAAUUUUACUAGAGCAGGUCACUGGUAAGCCAGCAGUCAUAACACAAGACACAGAGAACAGAAUUAACAUAAUCAACUGGAUUGAUCCUUUGAUUAAAACAGGGGAUAUCCGGAACAUCAUCGUUGAUCCAAGGCUAAAUGGUGAAUUUGACAUCAAUGCAGCUAGAAAAGCAAUUAAGAUAGCAUUGUCAUGUGUGAAGUCAAUUAAAGAAAGGCCUGACAUUAGCCAUCUACUGACAAAACUUAAGGAGUGUAUGGAUAUAGAGAUGGAUCCUAGAGUGUUGGGUGAGACUAGCAGAACCAAUGUCCUGGUCAAACUUUACAGAAACAUAAGACAGAAAGGGACCACUGUGAAAUCAAUGGAGGGACGACCAAUCAAUUUAAGGAACACUAAAAUCUUUACCUGCACCCAACUUGUUAAAAUAACUUCAAAUUUCUUGAAAGUUAUUGGGGAAGGAGCAUUUGGGAGAGUUUACUUUGGUACUCUAAAUGUUGACGCUCAUGUUGCUGAUAAGGUUUUGUCUCCAUCAUCAGUGCUAGGAUAUAAAGAAUUCCAAACCGAGGUAGAACUGUUAAGUCACCUUUCUCACAGAAACGUUCUUUCUCUAGUGGGACACUGUGAUGAAAAUGGCAUUAAGGCAUUGAUAUAUGAAUACAUGGCUAAUGGAAAUUUGAGAGAGCAUUUAUCAGGGAAACACAAAAGAAUUUUGAGUUGGAAUGAGAGGCUUCAAAUUGCUAUUGAUAUUGCAUAUGGGUUGGAAUAUCUCCAGAUGUGUUGCGAGUCAUUUAUAGUCCAUAGAAAUUUGAAACCCAAUAAUAUCUUGUUAACUAAAAACAUGAGAGGCAAGAUAAGCAAUUUCGGAUUAGGCACAUCUUUGUAUGAAGAAUAUCAGCAAGUUAAUUAUGUUUAUGUGACACAAGGAUGCAUGGCUCCUGAGAAUCUUUGUUCGGGAGAAAUAAACAAGAAAACUGACCUGUACAGCUACGGAUUAAUUUUACUAGAGUUGUUAAUCGGUUGGCCUCCUUUUGCUCUAGACAACCACAGUUGUACUAGCAUAACUGAUCACGUAAGGCACGUAAGGCCUGUAAUGGGGACAGGGGAUUUUCAAAGAAUUGUUGAUCCAAAGUUGCAAGGAAAAUUCAAUAUCAACACUGCUUCAAAUGUCGCAAAGUUAGCAAUGUCAUGUGCAUCAGCUACUGCCAACCAAAGGCCAGACAUAAGUCAUGUGCUUGUAGAGCUCAAGGAGUGUUUAGCAUCAGAGAUGCCUUCCCAACAACCUGAGGGACAUACAGAUCAAACAUGGAAGAAUCACAAAAUUCAGAUGAAAUCUACUUAUGUCCUCGAUAGUGUACCUUAUGAUGCUCAUAAAGAGGCCGUGAAGAGAUUGGCAUUUAUUGAAUUAAACAUGGUGUUGAUGGCUUCAGGAGCAGUCGCUCUUGUUGUCUUUGGAUCAUGCAGGCGCUACUGCAGUAACGUGGUGUUUGAUAAAAUACAAUGGAUGAACUACGUCCUGGUGACCAACGUUGUGUUCACCCUCACUAUCGGCCAGAUUGUGGGUGCUCCGUUCCAUAAUAUACUCUUUGCUGUGUGGGGUGCGAUUCUUCUCAACACUGCCAGGGGUGCCAAUUCCUUUUCUUCUUAUAGUCCUACCGAUAAUGGACAAUGGAAGAGCGUCACUGCACAAGCACUACUCCAAUCUCUUUUGGUGUCGACCCUUCUUGGUUACACUCUUACAACAGAAUCUGAAACUUUGUCGUUGGGAUCUCUUCUCCUACGGAUUGGAUUGUUUAUCCUCAAUUCUCAGGUUCUUUCUGAGGACCCACGGACAAGACAACUUCUUGGAACUGGUCGCAAGGUUGUAAAUGAGUGUACAAGAUCAAAACACGAUCUGAUGGUUCUGUGGAGUGUUAUAAGGCAUGCUUGGUUGCCAAGGGUUUUACAUAGGAGUAUGGAAUCGACUAUGAGGAGACAUUUUCUCCAGUUGCUUACAUCUGUGCGCAGUUUGCUUGCUAUUACUGCUAUGCGGAGAUGGAAAUUGUUUCAGAUGCAUGUGAAAAAUGCUUUUCUUAAUGGUGACCUAGAAGAAGAAGUUUAUAUGAAACCACCUCUUUGGCUCAACCAUCCUCCAAACAAGGUAUGCCGAUUGCGCCAUGCAUUAUACGAGUUGAAGCAAUCCCCUCGAGCUUGGUAUGUAAAGUUUAGUGCUACUGUGAGUGAGUUUGGUUUUACUUCUAGUCCACAUGAUACAACUUUGUUCAUUCAUAAGACUGCUCGGGGUAUGGUUCUUUUACUUCUUUAUGUUGAUGACAUGAUUAUUACUGAAGAUGAUGUCGCAGGUAUUGAGAAGUUAAAACAAUCUCUCAGUCAGAAAUUUGAAAUGAAAGAUCUUGGUGUUCUGAGCUAUUUUUUGGGGCUUGAAGUGACCUGUUCAAAUGAUGGCUACCUGUUUUCUCAAGUAAAGUAUGCCUCCGAUCUUGUUUGGAAAGCUGAACUCAAUGAGGGUAAGAGUGUUUCUACACCUCUUGAACCUAAUGUCAAGCUUACACCUAUGGAUGGCUCUCCACUUUCUAAUCUUACUUGCUAUUGGCAAUUGGUUGGUAGUCUAGUUUAUCUUACUACGACACGCCCUGAUAUAGCAUAUGCAAUUCACAUUGUUAGUCAGUUUAUGGCUACUCCUCGCUCCACUCAUUAUGCAGCUGUACUUCGCAUUAUUCGCUAUGUUAAGGGAACAUUAUUUCAUGGACUCCAUUUUUCUGCCAACUCCUCCCUUGUGCUUCGUGCUUACUCUGAUGUUAAUUGGGUUGGUGAUCCUUCUGAUCGUAGAUCUAUCAUUAGUCACUGUCUUUUCCUUGGUAAUUCUCUUAUCUCUUGGCGGAGUAAGAAACAAACUAUUCCAUCUCGCUCUAGUACUGAAGUUGAGUAUAGAGCUCUUGGGGAUACCACAUCAGAACUUUUUUCAUUACGGUGGCUUCUUGAAGAUAUGGGCAUUCCUCAACCUUCUUCUACUAAUUUAUAUUGUGAUAAUCAAAGUGCUAUGCAGAUUGCUCAUAAUGAUGUCUUUAAUGAACGCACUAAACACAUUGAGAUUGAUUGUCACUUUAUUUGCCAUCAUGUUGCACAAGGAAUUGUUCAUUUGGUUUUCAUUGGCUCCGCUGAUCAACCAGCAGAUCUCUUUACCAAGGCUCAUUUUCCUACACGCUUUCGUACUCUUCUUUCCAAACUCAAGAUAGACGAAAGAGCAGGAGCUUUGAAGAUGGCCACUAAAUCUUUCUUAGCCCAGACCACCAAAAAUAUUGCAGAUUUCACGGCCGCGGAGCAUGAAAUUUCCGUUAGAGGUGAAGCAGAUCCAACCCAAAUGAAGGGUUAUAAUUAUUUGGUCUCAGGAGAUACUAAGUGGAUUGCCUCCGCACCGAGUUAUGAUUAUCAGCUGAAGGUUACGAAUCCCCAAGUCGUUACCCUCCAGAAGAUCUGGCAGUGCAGCGGGAAUCUUUUAACGGGUGAAAACGGCCAACGGCUCAAGGACAUCUGCCUCUCGUUUGCCUUGUUCAGACUCCUUUGUCGAAGAUUCGGAGGGCGUCCCUUCUUGGAGUCCAGCAAAGCUAAAAGCAGUCAUCUUCCAAAAUGGGCAAGGAUUGCAAAAGCUCGAGAUCUUCUAUUCUGUCUUUUUACUCUCUGGCUGCUGUGUGCUGGGGCUAUUAAUAUUAAACCUGGACACUACUUAUCACACGACCUGCGAAGAGCUUCUCCUCCUCGUUGUAUCGAAUUGAGCCACUGUGCUUUGGAUCUGCAACUAUGUGAGGGGCAUUUCAUUGCCUACCUACCUUAUGUUUUGGCCGAAGACUAUCCUGUUCUGUCAGGAACGGUUCAAACCUUGGAAGAGAAAACUUGUGGCAUAAUAGAUAUUCCAAGAGCAAGUCAAAAAGGAAAAUGUCGAAUCAAAUUGCCCGAGGAGGUAAAGAAAGCAGUGAUGAAUAGUCUCAGAAGGAAUGAUCAACCUCUCGAACUAAGUAAUAUUGGAGCAGAAUCUUUGCGCCGAAAUGGAGUUUGGAAUAAUGAGCAGCUUUCUUCGGCAUGUACAUUGGAGACUCCCACCCAUGUGAUCUUGGUGUGGCAUGUGGCUACUGGUCUCAGUAUGUUUGAUGAAUCAACGAGGAGUCCUGCAAAUUCAAUCAAAAACCCACCACCUGAUGAUUUCAAAAUAGCCUGCGCCCUUUCUGGCUAUUGUUCCUAUCUGGUUGCUUUUGCUCCAAGGUUGAUAUGUGUUAAUCCUAAUGCUUAUGAGUUUAUAUUCGAUAAAGUAAUCGAGGAAGCAAGACGAAUUCUUAAGGACUGCAAUUCAGAGAGCGAAAUGUAUCCAAUGGCCCAUGUGGAACACCUCGCUAAAGGUGGAGAGUUUGUGACCCACUUGUGGGCUUUGCUCUCACAUGCAGGGAUUCUCAAUCAAUGUCCAACUUCGAGUGAUGUUUAAAGGUAAUUUUGCUUUGUCUGUCUUUUUCUUGGGGAUCAGUAGGCCUCGAAACCCAUUUUGUGUACUCUAGUUCAGUCAAAGAUUAUAUGUCAAAUACUGUUUUUGAUUAAGGUCUUCUUUCAGCGGCUUCGGAGGAUUGCCGACUUGGUGACACGAGAGUCUUCCCCUUCCGGGCCCUUCCAGCGCCGUGAAGGUUCCUGCCACCUUUUGUGUCCCUCUUUAUACUAUCAUUAUGAUAAUUGUUUGGUUAUAAGGGCUGAUUGUGUGGAAGGAUUUGUUUGUGUUGUAUGUGUGAUGUGCGUUGUAAUUUGAGAUGUGUGUGCUAAGAAAUAAAAUGUUUGAUGUAACAGUUGGGGUACGUUAUACAUUUCAAUGAAAACUUUUUCCGUAU